GAGGGCGGCAGCGCGGCCGCGCAGCCGGGAUUAACCUCGAAUACGGGGGCGGGGGGGGCCGCCGAGCAGCAGCCCCGGCACCGCGGGGCCCCCCCCCGGGGCGCCGAGCAGCCCCGGCACCGCGGAGCAGCCCCGGCCCCCCGCAGCCCCCCGGGGACCGCGGAGCAUCCCCAGCCCCCCGGGGACCGCGGACCUCCCCCCCCCCCCCCGCCCCGGGGGGGGGCGCGGCGAUGCCGGGCGGCGGCCCGGGGAGCUUGUGAGCCGCAUGGGGCUGCCCCCGGCGCGGCCCCCCUGCGCAAGAUGAGCCCCCUGCCCCUCGCCCUGCUGCUCUGGGACCUGCUGGACGCGGCGCUGGGCUACCUGACGGUGAGCAUCGAGCCGCUGCCGCCCGUGGUGGUGGGCGACGCCGUGACCCUGAAAUGCAACUUCAAGACGGAUGGCAGGAUGCGCGAGAUCGUCUGGUACCGGGUGACGGACGGCGGCACCAUCAAGCAGAAGAUCUUCACCUUCGAUGCCAUGUUCUCCACCAACUCCUCGCACAUGGAGAGCUACCGCAAGCGGGAGGAGCUGGUCUACCAGUCGACGGUGCGGCUGCCGGAGGUGCGCAUCUCGGACAACGGCCCCUACGAGUGCCACGUGGGCAUCUACGACCGAGCCACGCGGGACAAAGUGGUGCUGGCCUCCGGUAACAUCCUCCUCAACGUGAUGGCGCCGCCGACAUCCAUCUCGGUGGUCGCCGCCGACACGCCAGCACCCUUCAGCCGCUACCAAGCGCAGAACUUCACCCUGGUGUGCGUGGUGGCCGGAGGCAAGCCCGCCCCGCUGGUGUACUUCAAGCGCGACGGGGAGCCCAUCGAGGCGACGCCGCUGCCGGAGCCGCCGGGCGGAGGCGGCAGCGGCGGCGAGGCCUCGCCGGAGGGCCGGGCGCCCCGCAACCUGCUGCACCGCGACCUGGACGACACCAAGGUGCCGAAGCCGCUGUGGGCGGCCGAGGCGGAGGCGCGGGGCGAGCGGCCGCCCGGCACGCCGGAGCCACCCCGGGGGCUGGCGGCCGAGCGGGGCCCCGCCACCGAGACCAUCCCCGAGACGGUGGUGAGCCGCGAGUUCCCGCGCUGGGUGCACGUGGCCGAGCCCAUCUACUACGUGCGGCACGCGCAGGCGCCCGUCAGCGACGGCACGGUGGAGGCGCGGGCCACGCUGACGUGGACCCUGAACCCCCAGAUCGACAACGAGGCGCUCUUCAGCUGCGAGGUGAAGCACCCGGCGCUCUCCAUGCCCAUGCAGGCGGAGGUGACCCUCGGCUGGGCAACUCUGCUGCAACAGCCUCCAGGUAAGGCUGCUCCAGCCUUCGUCCUCCCCUGGAGCCCGGUGGAGGAGAAGAUGGUGCCUUGGCUAGGCUGCUCCAGCCUUCGUCCUCCCCUGGAGCCCGGUGGAGGAGAAGAUGGUGCCUUGGCUAGGCUGCUCCAGCCUUCGUCCUCCCCUGGAGCCCAUCGGGGGAGAAGAUGGUGCCUUGGCUAGGCUGCUCCAGCCUUCGUCCUCCCCUGGAGCCCGGUGGAGGAGAAGAUGGUGCCUUGGCUAGGCUGCUCCAGCCUUCGUCCUCCCCUGGAGCCCGGUGGAGGAGAAGAUGGUGCCUUGGCUAGGCUGCUCCAGCCUUCGUCCUCCCCUGGAGCCCAUCGGGGGAGAAGAUGGUGUCUUGGCUAGGCUGCUCCAGCCUUCGUCCUCCCCUGGAGCCCGGUGGAGGAGAAGAUGGUGCCUUGGCUAGGCUGCUCCAGCCUUCGUCCUCCCCUGGAGCCCGGUGGAGGAGAAGAUGGUGCCUUGGCUAGGCUGCUCCAGCCUUCGUCCUCCCCUGGAGCCCGGUGGAGGAGAAGAUGGUGCCUGGGCUUUGCUCCAGGGCAUGCAUCAUCUUCACCAGGAGGUCUCCACCUUGUUGGCCUUCAAUGUGCUCACCAGCUCCUCUCCUUGGGCUGCCCUGCAUGCUGGAGGCUCCUCGAGUCCUGAGGAACCGGAGGGAGGACCCUUCCACCCCAGCCUCAAGGACCUCUCCCAACACACACCGAGCUGAAAAAUAAACUAAGUCCUGCGUUUUGACCCCCAGCUCAUGAACCACCUCACUGGGUUGGGUGGGAGGGAGGCAGGUUGCUAAUCCAGGUUCCCCAGCACACACCUAGGUUAUUUUUUGGUUAAGUCCUGCAUUUUAGCACCUUCCCAGCUCAUCAGCCCCUUAAGCAACUGCUUCACUGAGUCUCAGGGGUGGCUUGCUAACAGGGAGCCCUCUCCCACCACAAAACAAGCCUAAAAAUAAACUAAGUCCUGUGUUUUAGCACCUUUCCACACAGCCCCAUACACCCCUGGGCCAGCAGCUCAUCAACCCCCUUAACUGCCCACCAUGCUGGUGGGAAGGUUGCCAACAGAGAGCCCUCACACCACUAUCUACCCACCCCCAAAACUUUCUGAAAAGUAAACUAAGUCCUGCGUUUUGGCACUUUCUGCAGUGCAGAGCCUCACACAACCCUUGAGCCGGGAGCUCGAGUAACCACCUCCCUUGGCCAGGAGGUCCCACAGCCCAAGACCUCGAUGAGGAAGGCUGUUGAUAGUGAGCCCUCACCUCCACCUACCAGCCUUAAGGACCUCUCCCAACACACAACUACCCCAAAUUAACUAAGUCCUGCGUUGGGCGCCCGCCAUUCAGCACAACAUCUUGCCCAGUGCCAAGAUGUCUGGCAACCCCUCCUUGCCCCCAGCAGCUCCAAAACCCUAUAACAGCAAAGCUUACCCCAUAUUGUCCCCCCUAAAUCUGUCCAUGGACACAGCCCUCCUCAUCUCCUAAGAUGCCUCCAGCCUAUGCAUUUUUCCAGGAGCUCCUCCCCAACCCCUGCACCAUCCACACGCACAAUUUGGGCACCACCGCGGCGGGUCCCCGUCCCCUUCGGGACGCACGCAGCUCUGCCCCUCCCCGGAAAGGCCGGCGCACACGCAUUGAAACCAACACAAACCAGUUGCUUCCAUAAGAAAAGA